GCCGGGGAGCUCCGCCUCCUCCGGCCGCGCCGCGCACGCCGGAACCGGCCCAACCCAGUGUUUCUCGGCCCACUUGGUUCUGACCUACCGGGCCCCGGCGGCAGGAUGCAGGACCCAAAUGAAGACACAGAGUGGAAUGAUGUCCUGCGUAAGAAAGGUAUUCUUCCUCCAAAAGAAAACCUUGAGGAACUGGAGCGUGCAAAGGAAGAGGAGGAGCUUGCCAUCCUUCAGAAGUCUCUUGUGAGAACUUAUGAGGAUAUGACUCUGGAAGAGCUAGAAGAAAAUGAAGAUGAAUUUAAUGAGGAAGAUGAGAGAGCUAUUGAAAUGUACAGGCAGCAAAGGUUAGCAGAAAUGAAAGCAGCUCAAAUGAAGAAUAUUUUUGGUGAAGUUAUGGAGAUUUCUGGGAAGGAUUAUGUUCAAGAGGUUACGAAAGCUGGAAAAGGUAUAUGGGUAGUCCUACACCUCUACAAACAAGGAAUUCCACUUUGUGCCUUAAUAAAUCAACAUAUGAGUGGGCUUGCAAAAAAAUUCAGAGAUGUGAAAUUCAUCAAAGCUAUCUCCACCACCUGCAUUCCCAACUACCCUGAUAAAAACCUGCCUACGAUAUUCGUCUACCUGGAGGGAGACAUCAAAGCUCAGUUCAUUGGCCCCUUAGUGUUUGGUGGCAUGAAUCUGACAAGGGAUGAAUUAGAGUGGAAGAUUUCGGAGUCGGGUGCCAUCAAGACAGACCUUGAGGAGAACCCCAGGAAGCAGAUCCAGGACCAGCUCAUGUCCUCUAUCAGGGUGUGUGCCCCAGCCAGGGUGGAGAGUGACUCGGAGGAUGACUGACUCCUGUGUUGGCAUGAAGUUUGAUACAGUGCACUGGCAGCCAGCAUUUGUACCUAAGAGCACUGGAGAUGGUCACCAAGAUCUUGCUGAGCCCCAGAAGGGUAAUAGUUCAAGAAAGCCAUGUAUCCAGAAACUUCUAGAAAUUAAAGAAGUUUAAAAAAAAAACAAAAACAAACCAUCCCGCAACUUCACUCAGGAUCCUGAGAGACAUUUUAUAUUUUGAAGCCUGAGUAAAUAUUACUCGAAGUUUUAAAAUACAGACAUUGGUGGAAACAUAGGUCUCUUGUUUUUGUUUUUUUUUUCAGUAAGUUGCUGAUUUAUUUUAAAAAUCUGAAAUAUGAAGUGGCCUGGGUUUGGCAAACUUAACCAGUGUAAAUCAAAUUGGAAUGGCUGGUCAUAAACAUAUUUGGUUGUAGCACUUCACUGGGCUUUCUGUCAAUGCACUGUGCAUAAAUGUUGGACAACCUGUAGAGCUGGUGACCCUUAGGUGCUGCUGAAGGUGCCAUUUAGCUCUUUGCAGAGGUGUGCUGGAAGGAGGGCCACCACAAAGCCAUGACCUGGGAUUCUGGCCAUCUCAAGCCUCAGUGAUGGUCAGUGUCUCCUGGUCCUGAACUGCCUUUUACAUGCAUCAAUUAAUUAAGCUGAAGUAUUUUGCCUUUUGCUGGGACUGAGCUUUCUGCAACAUGAUUACCUGCUGAUUAGGAAAGAAAAUUAAAGAUGGUAGUGCUUGAGGGUGAAAUUGCUUACCUUUAUUUUCACAGAUUCACAUGUCUGAUGCAUUACUAUAGUAGUGUUAUUGAUGAAUGGAAGGGAAAAUGAUAUUUGAAAGGCUGACGUUUUUCUGUAUUAAAGCCUUCCAUCUUCUAGGUACAGCAAUAAUAAACUGGAGUCUUAGAAUA